AUGAGCCUCAGUGAGGAACAGGUGCACAGUUUCCUGGAUGGGAACCCCACCUUUGCCCACCAGUAUUUUGAGAAGAAGCUGAGCCCUGAAAAUGUGGUGGGGGCCUGCGAAGACGGGCGGCUGGUGGACUGUGGCAGCCUGCGCGAGCUGUUCCAGGUGGAGGAGAGCGCGGCGCUGUUUGAGCUGGUGCAGGACAUGCAGGAGAGCGUCAACAUGGAGCGAGUGGUCUUCAAGGUCCUCAGGCGCCUCUGCACCAUCCUGCGUGCUGACCGCUGCAGCCUCUUCAUGUACCGCCAACGCAACGGCGUAGCCGAGCUCGCCACCCGGCUCUUCAGUGUGCAGCCGGACAGCCUCCUGGAGGACUGCCUGGUCCCUCCCGACUCUGAGAUUGUCUUCCCCCUGGACAUAGGGGUUGUGGGCCAUGUGGCUCAGACCAAGAAGAUGGUGAACGUGCCGGAUGUCGCAGAGUGUCCUCACUUCAGCUCCUUUGCUGAUGAGCUCACCGAGUAUGUGACGAAGAACAUCCUGGCCAUGCCAAUCAUGAACGGCAAAGAUGUGGUAGCUGUGAUUAUGGCAGUGAAUAAGCUGGAUGGCCCAUGCUUCACAAGUGAUGACGAAGAUGUUUGCACAAAGUACCUGAAUUUUGCCACAUUAAACCUGAAGAUCUAUCACCUGAGCUACCUCCACAACUGUGAGACACGCCGAGGCCAGGUGCUCCUCUGGUCAGCCAACAAGGUGUUUGAGGAGCUGACAGACAUCGAGAGGCAGUUCCACAAGGCUUUCUAUACUGUGCGAGCCUAUUUGAACUGUGACCGGUACUCAGUGGGCCUCCUGGACAUGACCAAGGAAAAGGAAUUCUUUGAUGUGUGGCCUGUGCUGAUGGGGGAGGCCCAGCCAUACUCAGGCCCACGCACACCUGAUGGUCGGGAAAUCAACUUCUACAAAGUCAUUGAUUACAUCCUCCAUGGCAAGGAAGACAUUAAGGUCAUUCCUACACCCCCGGCUGAUCAUUGGGCCCUGGUCAGUGGCCUUCCAACCUACGUGGCAGAAAGUGGCUUUAUCUGUAACAUCAUGAAUGCCUCUGCUGAUGAAAUGUUCAAAUUUCAGGAGGGACCCCUAGAUGACUCUGGGUGGGUCAUCAAAAACGUCCUCUCCAUGCCCAUCGUCAACAAGAAGGAAGAGAUUGUAGGGGUGGCUACCUUCUACAACAGGAAAGAUGGAAAGCCCUUUGAUGAUCAAGAUGAAGUUCUCAUGGAAUCCCUGACACAGUUCCUGGGCUGGUCGGUGCUGAACACAGACACCUAUGACAAGAUGAACAAGCUGGAGAACCGGAAGGACAUCGCCCAAGACAUGGUUCUCUACCACGUGAGAUGCGACAAGGACGAAAUCCAGGAAAUCCUGCCAACAAGGGAACGCCUGGGAAAGGAGCCUGCAGACUGUGAGGAGGAUGAGCUGGGGAAAAUUCUGAAGGAAGAACUGCCUGGGCCCACGAAGUUUGAUAUCUAUGAGUUCCACUUCUCUGAUCUGGAGUGCACCGAGCUGGAGCUGGUCAAGUGCGGCAUCCAGAUGUACUAUGAGUUGGGUGUGGUCCGCAAAUUCCAGAUUCCCCAGGAGGUUCUGGUGCGAUUCCUGUUCUCUGUCAGCAAAGCCUACCGAAGGAUCACCUACCACAACUGGCGCCAUGGCUUCAACGUAGCCCAGACCAUGUUCACGCUGCUCAUGACGGGCAAGCUGAAGAGCUACUACACAGACCUGGAGGCUUUUGCGAUGGUCACAGCUGGCCUGUGCCACGACAUUGACCACCGCGGCACCAACAACCUGUACCAGAUGAAAUCCCAGAAUCCUCUAGCCAAGCUACAUGGCUCCUCAAUUCUGGAACGGCACCACUUGGAGUUUGGGAAGUUCCUGCUGGCAGAGGAGACCCUGAACAUCUACCAGAACCUGAACAGGCGGCAGCAUGAACACGUGAUCCACCUUAUGGACAUUGCCAUCAUUGCCACCGACCUGGCCCUCUACUUCAAGAAAAGAACAAUGUUCCAGAAGAUUGUGGAUGAGUCCAAGAACUAUGAGGACAAGAAGAGCUGGAUUGAGUACCUGUCCCUGGAGACAACGCGGAAGGAGAUAGUCAUGGCCAUGAUGAUGACAGCGUGUGACCUGUCUGCCAUCACCAAACCCUGGGAAGUCCAGAGCAAGGUCGCUCUUCUGGUGGCUGCUGAGUUCUGGGAACAAGGCGACUUGGAGAGGACAGUUUUGGAUCAGCAGCCCAUUCCCAUGAUGGACCGAAACAAAGCUGCCGAGCUACCCAAGCUGCAAGUUGGCUUCAUUGACUUCGUGUGCACAUUCGUAUACAAGGAGUUUUCCCGUUUCCACGAAGAGAUUCUGCCCAUGUUUGACCGACUGCAGAACAACAGGAAGGAGUGGAAAGCACUGGCAGAUGAGUAUGAGGCCAAAGUCAAGGCUCUGGAAGAGGAAAAGAAGGCAGCGGAAGACAGAGCAGCAGCCAAAAAAGGGGGCACAGAAAUUUGCAAUGGUGGCCCAGCACCCAAGUCCUCCACGUGCUGUAUCCUGUGA